AAAAUAAACUCAAAAAUGUGCAUUCCAAACUAUUUAUUAAAAAAAAAAAAAAAAACUUCCAGAUAUCCAAGUAAACGACGCUUAAAUGAACAUAGACAUCAUCACAAUCCAGCCCGGGCCUAUGUGUGUGAUCAAUGUGGCAAAAUUGUCUAUACCCUUAACACGCUGCACAAGCACAAGAAAGUUGUACAUGGUGUUAAACCACCCAAAACUCCACUGCAGUGCGAAUAUUGUAAGAGAUUUUACACAGGCAAACAGAAUUUACAACAUCACAUACGUAAUAUGCAUAAUACAAAUGAGGAUAAGCGGAAUGUUUGUGAACUUUGUGGUUUUGUAUCCACAACUAGAGAAGGCAAAAUGAAGCAUAUACGUUUUAAGCACCGGGCGGAAAAGAAAUUUCAGUGUGCGGUGUGUGAGAGAUCCUUCAAAGUGCCAGCCCUGUUAAAAGAACACAUGGCUACCCAUACCGGUGUGGAUUUGUAUAAGUGUUCAUAUUGUCCAAACACCUUUAAAUCCAAGUCCAAUAUGUACAAUCACUGUAAACGUUUGCAUGCCGCUGAAUUUGAGAACAGAACUACUAAACGCAUGCGUAUACCGAAAACAGUGCCGAAUUUAGUAGAUGUUGAAAGUGUUGAUUUUGAAUUGUUGAACUAAUGAAAUGUUUUGUUAAGUCUUUAAAAGGGACUAUAUUCAAUACUCUCUAACUUGGAUUUGCAUGAAAAUGAGUUUUUUGAUGGCAAAAUAUUCUGGAAGCCAGACUUUAUAUCUGAUAUAUUUUCAAAAUAAGUUUUCUUAACGAUUUAAUACAAAAUUAUUGAAAUUCCAACGAAUUAACAAAAUAAACAGUUUUAUUGCUUUCUUAAGAACUAGUAUUUUAUAAGAUAGAGAGUUUUGAAUAUUGUCUCUCCAUAUGACAUAAAGAAAAUAUAAAAUAUCGUAAAUUUAGAAAACUUGUUAAUAUAUAGUAAUAAUUUCCAAGUUCAUUAUUAUAAAGAUCUUGAAAAACUUGUGUGUUUUUUUAAAAUAAAUUAUUUUCUAAUUCUAUUUUAAAUUUGAAAUAAAAUCAUAAAAUUAA